UGGGCGAAAGAUGUGGAGAUUUUCAAAGAAAAUGUUUUAUUUGCUGCUGGUUCUAUCCAGAAUCAAGAGUAUACGGACACUAUAAUAGAUAAUGAAGAAACAGUAUUAAAUAGCAAAACUGAAAUAAUAUUCAUAGAAGACAACCAUGACUCUUAUCCAUCCAACUCAGAAGAUGAUAUUUGGGAGGACGACGUGAACUUUGUCUACUUAAAAAGAAAAUCCUGUAAAAAUGGAAACAAAACUUUAAAUGAUGAAGAAUGUUCAUUGUUUGGUGAAGAUGCUGAAAUGGCAUCGAAUAAGGAUCAACAUUCGUAUAAAAAUGAAUUAAAUUUAAAAAAUUCUGAUGGCAGACAGUUGAUUAAGAGAGAUACAAAAAAGGAAGGAUAUCGAGGGUAUGGUAGGUGGACAAAGUGGACUCCUUGUUCGAGACAUUGUAGGACGAAACGAAUGAGGAAAUGUAAAAGGCAUUCAAUAUGUGGUUCAGCUCCAUACAUACGACAAUCAGCCUACUGCUUCGUUGAAGGAACAGUUUGCGAAAAAUACAUAAGCAAAAAAUUAAAUUUAAGCAAACGAAAUAAAGGAACAGAGAAUCCAUCGAGAGUCCUGGAAAAUGUAGCAGAUAUAUGUGGUGUUCUGAUGGACAACAACAAGAAAAAUAACUUCAACAGAAAUAAAAAUGAUAUUAGCUACUUAAGAAAUGGUAAAAGUUAUAAAGGAAGUCAAAAUAGUAGAAAUUCUAAUAAGGAGUCAUCCAAUAGUCCUGGUAAUCACGACAUGUGGUUUCUGUUAAGAAUUAUUGGAGGCAGGCCGGCGCGAAGUGGCAAGUGGCCAUGGCAAGUUCUACUACUUAAUAGACACAAGGAACCUUUUUGUGGAGGAACCUUGAUCGCACCACGUUGGAUUUUAACUGCUGCACAUUGUGUAAGGAGGCGUCUUUAUGCAAGAAUUCGCGAACAUGACUUGUCGAGACGAGAAGGUCCUGAAAUGGAAUUUAAGAUAAGGGACUCGUUUCUUCACCCAUCAUACGAUCCAGAAACUGUUGAUAAUGAUAUUGCAUUACUGAGAUUGCCAACAGUUUUGGACAGUGAUAGCGUCGGUUUUGCUUGUUUGCCCAAUAUUCAGUAUGGGCAAAAAAUUACUGGAAAUUUAGACAACCUGAUGUGUGCCAUAACUGGAUGGGGAAAAGCGAAUAUAAAUCACCAUAAGGGAACUAAUGUGUUACACGAAGCUCAGAUAUCAAUUAUACCAGAUAGAGAAUGCCAUCGAGCAUAUAGCGAGUAUCACAUCACGCGAAACAUGUUUUGUGGGGGCACUCGCGGAGGUACCAGAGAUUCAUGUGCUGGUGAUUCAGGAGGACCUCUCGUCUGUAAAGCGCCUGAUGGCAAAUGGUUCAUUUAUGGGAUAACUAGUUUCGGUGAAGGUUGUGGAAGAAGAGGCAAAUUCGGAAUUUAUACAAAAUUAACUAACUAUAUCAGUUGGGUUCAUCAAACUACAGAUAGAUAUAAUUAAUUCAUAUAUCAAC